AGGCCACCGAUGCAUUUAAGCCUUCCCCAAGACCUAGAAAGGAAGUUCAGAAGCGUCGUCGCCUUGGUGGCUCAGGUGCUCAGACUGCUUCUCCCCAUUUGGCCGCCGCCCCCGCUGACCUUCACCUUCUCCCUCUCUGCCAACUUUCCAAGGGCUGAUGGAAGUCGAAUCCAUGUCCGCGUCGAGGUGUACCACGGAGAGGGCGAAGGGAACGCACGUCUUCGAGAUCGUCGGGUACAGCCUCAUCAAGGGCUUGGGCGUCGGCGAGUACGUCCGGUCGGCAACCUUCACUGUUGGCGGCUACGACUGGGCUAUCUGCUUCUGCCCUGACGGAGUCGAUCAGUAUGCUGAUUGCGUUUGCGUGUCGGUCUCUCUCGACUCCAGGGGCGGAAGAAUGGGGGCGACGGCGCGGGCAUCUUGUGAUCUAAGAUUGGUUAACCAAGAUACUGGGUUGCCAAAAAGUAUUCUUUCUUCAGCAGCACCGGCAAUGUUCAACUACGGAUACAAUUGCCGUUUUUUCCCAGAACAAGGAGCGGCCAUUGUUAGAAGCUUGCUGGAGCAGAAAGAAUCGGGGUACAUUAAGGAUGAUAGCCUGAUGAUUGAAUGUGUACUCACAGUCAUCAAGCAAUCGGAGGUGGUAAAAACCAAAGGAAACUCUGAAAUCAAGGUGACGCCUUCAAAAUUAUCACAACAUUUGGGCAAGUUGUUGUUGGCAGAGAAGGGAUCCGAUGUUACUUUCAGCGUUGGGGGAGAGACUUUUGCCGCGCACAAGAUUAUACUUGCUGCACGAUCACCUGUCUUUGAGGCAGAGCUCUAUGGAGAGAUGAAGGAGAGAAAUGAGCAAUGCAUUGUGGUUGAAGACAUGCAGCCUGCUGCUUUCAAGGCUUUGCUGCAUUUCAUAUACACAGAUUCAUUUCCUGGCGUGGAUGAUACUGGUGAUGAUGAUUACACCGAGACAAUCCGCCAUUUACUUGUGGCUGCAGAUAGAUAUGCCAUUGACAGGCUCAAGUUGAUAUGCCAAAGCAUCCUCGGGAAAAACCUUGCCAUGGAGACACUGGCAACUACAUUGGCUUUAGCUGAUCAGCAUAACUGUGACAGGCUUAAGGACGCGUGCAUUGAGUUUAUUUCGUCGAAGGAUGAGAUGGAUGCUUUGAUGGCAACCCAAGGUUACACGAAUCUCAAAAGAACUUGCCCUUCCGUCUUGUUAGACGUGUUAGAGAAGGCAAGUAAGUUGCGCAAAACAUAGGCAAGCAGCUCAUCCAAAUCCAAGCCUGUUGACAAGAUAAUGUAGUCCUGAAGUUAUAUUACUAGCUGGCAAGUUAGUUUCCUAGGGCAAACUUAUGUUUGCUUGAGUCUGUGGGUGGUCACUAUGGGUUAUUACUUUGUGUGCACCUUUUGUCAAACUACUGAAUAGGGGCCGGCACUUCUAAACCAGGAACCGAACACCGAACCGAAUUGACGGGUAUGUGUGGUUGAUUCAGCUUGGUUUUCUUUUCUUCACUCUUUGGUGGUGUUCGAGCCUUAAUUCAGACAUCACCGUGUUGAACUGAUAUGGCCUCAUCUAUUGUAAUGCAUGAAUAUUAGAUAACA